AUGAAGAAACAAGCAACUGAGAUCCAGUCUAAUUGCCCCACGUGUUCUACAAUACCCUCUACCGAAGAAUCUUUCACCAUCUCAUUCGCAGAGGAUUGGAAGUCUCCAUACUUAGCAUUCUUCAUCGAGGGAAUUUUGCCGACAAACUCCAAACACGCUUACAAGCUUAAGAAGAUAGUAAAGAGGUAUUUCGUAGACGAGUCGACUCUCUAUCGUAAAGGGUUCAAUGUUGAACAGUUAGAAUGCUUGGGAGAAUCAGAGGCACAUCAAGUCAUGCAUGAAAUACAUGCUGGAGAAUGUGGUGAGUACUAA